AUUCCAUGGACAUUGUAAUGGGAAUAAAAGUUGUCAAGCGGUGAUUUGCAUUCGGCCUCUUUUUCAUGCAAGGGUACAAUAGCAUGAAUACUCCCCGUGGCUUUCGAUUGUGGCUGCUUUUCAAAAGAUGUUGAAUAAGUGAAGUUCCACUUUAUACUGUCUGCCAUCAUCCACCCCUCUUCCCACAAGAUGGGCUUCGUACAAGGCCUCUAUACUUGGUUAGGUGUCAAUACACCUUUUGAUCCACAGGCCAGGUAUGUGACCUCAUACAUUCUAUCACCAACACUACUGCUGGCUUGGAGAAGUUUGAUAUCAGUCUAUACUUUGGUGACGAUUAUACUUGCAUAUGUUUUUGGAGGACCUGAAGAAUUCAGCUUCUUAACGAUCCUGAGUUAUUGGGGUAUUUGGGGUUAUUUUACCAUAUCAUCAAUUCAUACGGCAUCGUACAUUCUGUCGUACAAAAGAUGGGAAAGGGCAACCCAGAAUGAUCAAACCUCAUCAGCCAAACAAGCCGAAGCCGGACAAAUCAGUGCUGAUCAAAGCAAUCAAAUCGCCAAAGCACAAAGCUGGUUAAGCAAAUCGUUUCCACGACCACUACAAUUCUUCCAUGCAUUGUUGGUAAGCACGAUAAGUACAUAUCCACUUUUGGUAACGAUUGUAUUUUGGACAAUUUUAUCGGGAGGUGCAUUUUACGAUACAAGAUCAACAUGGGAGAACCUAAGCGUUCAUGCUUUUAAUCUCAUGUUCACAAUGUCGGAUAUUAUAAUCUUUUCACGUAAUCCAAUGUUACCUUGGAGUCAUUGCUUUUUUACUGUGCUACUUUUGGCAAUGUACGUUGGCGUUGCUUAUAUCACUUAUGCAGCCCAAGGCUUUUAUCCGUAUGACUUCCUUAAUCAAGGUGAACAUGGAACAGGAACAGUAUCGGGAUACAUUGUCGCAAUUGGUGUUGGAACGGUGAUUUCAUUCAUGAUUGCUCAAUUCAUCAUCUUUUUACGUGAAUACGUUUGGUCAAAAAUUCAAAAAAGUGGUGGUUGGGGUAGUGCAAAAGCUGCAUUCGUAUCGGAUGAUGCCAUGAUCCUCACACGUCUAGGACCUGGACCCGAAGGUGAAGGAGGCGUUCGAAGUGAUGUAGCAGACGAACGACCACAAACAGAAGGAUGGCGACAGAGAUGGCCAUCAGGAAUAUAACGGAAAUAAGAUACCUUUGAUUGCAUAUUGUACAUGAUUGGCAUGAGUAAUACUAGUAAUACACGA